GGCUUCCGUAUUUCAAGAACUUCAAGCAUUCCGUGACAUGCAACAAGCUCACCCUCACGACUGAAUAGUAAUGGCGGCUUCAACACGACAGAAGGUCGUGCUCAUCACCGGCUGCUCCGGCAGCGGUAUUGGCUACCACCUAGCACAAGCCUUCCGCGCCCAUGGAUGCAGGGUCUUCGUGAGUGCUCGCAACCUCACAAAACUCUCGCCCGACCUGGAUGAAAGUUUCGACAAGGUCACGCUGGACGUGAUGGACGAGGGCAGCAUACAGAAAGCAGUCGCUGAGGUGGAGAGCAAAACCAGCGGCAAGAUCGACAUCCUCAUCAACAAUGCCGGACAAGGAUGUGUGGGCCCACUAGCGGAGGUGCCAAUCAGCAAAGUGGCACAGACGUAUGAGACGAAUGUUUUCGGCCUGUUGCGAGUGACGCAGGCUGUGACAAAAGGCAUGAUCCUGAACCGUAGCGGACUAAUCAUCAACAUAUCCUCCAUUGUAUCCUACGUUCCUACGCCAUGGGCCGGUGUCUACUGCUCCACAAAAGCGGCAGUCACCUCUCUGUCCGACGUUCUACGCAUGGAGCUUGGAGGCUUCAAUAUAAAGGUCCUCUGCGUCUUCCCUGGCGCCAUCCGCUCCGGCAUCGGCUCAGCCAAUGCCGCCGCCUUUGAGCAGCCGAGCGACAGCAAUUACGCCAACGUCAAGAGUCGAGUACUUCAGAGGGCCACCUGGUCGCAAUGUCCCCAGUCUACCAAUGCUGCUGAUCUGGCAGAGGAAAUUGCUACGGCGGCACUCAAGAUAGAUCCACCAGCGUACCUGGCGGCGGGACAUCGAGCUUGGCGGGCCUGGUGGAGCUACUAUCUGCCGUAUUGGGCUAAGGAUUGGUUCUGGGGCCGGCAAUUCGGCAUCGAUGAAGUGGGAGGCAAAGCGGCCAAGACGAUGUGAAGUGUUCACCUAGCUUGCCCUUCUCUCUUUUGUUCAAGCUUGUGCACCCUGUCCCUUACUUCAAAUCGAUUCAUGUCUGACGUUUG